CUAGACCCCUAGGUCCAGCUGUGCCUGCGGCCUUCUGCGGGACUGUGGGCCUAGGAGGCGCCCAGGGCCCGCAGCCCCUCCCCGCCGGAUGGGCUGACACAAGCCUCAUCGGAUCUGGACAGGAUGCACCUCUGGGCUGUGGCCUGCUCUGUGCCCCCUGAGAGCAGAAGCCACCCAGCCACCAUGUCUGACGAGGAAGCUGAACAAGUCGAGGAACAGUACGAGGAGGAAGAAGAGGCCCAGGAAGAAGAGGAAGUCCAGGAAGAAGAGAAACCAAGGCCCAAGCUCACUGCUCCUAAGAUUCCAGAAGGAGAGAAAGUAGACUUUGAUGACAUCCAGAAGAAGCGUCAGAACAAGGACCUCAUGGAGCUGCAGGCGCUCAUUGACAGCCACUUUGAGGCACGCAAGAAGGAGGAGGAGGAGUUAGUGGCCCUCAAGGAGAGAAUCGAGAAGCGCCGGGCCGAGAGAGCAGAGCAGCAGAGGAUCCGGGCAGAGAAAGAGAGAGAACGCCAGAACAGGCUGGCGGAGGAGAAGGCCCGCCGAGAGGAAGAAGACGCCAAGCGCAGGGCUGAAGACGACCUGAAGAAGAAGAAGGCGCUGUCCUCCAUGGGUGCCAACUACAGCAGCUACCUGGCCAAGGCCGACCAGAAGAGAGGUAAGAAGCAGACAGCCCGGGAGAUGAAGAAGAAGAUCCUGGCGGAAAGACGCAAGCCGCUCAACAUCGACCACCUGAAUGACGACAAGCUGAGGGACAAGGCCAAGGAGCUCUGGGACACUCUUUACCAGCUGGAGACGGACAAGUUUGAGUUCGGGGAGAAACUGAAACGCCAGAAAUACGACAUCACCAACCUCAGGAGCCGCAUCGACCAGGCACAGAAGCACAGCAAGAAGGCUGGUGCCACUGCCAAGGGCAAGGUCGGAGGACGCUGGAAGUGAUGGAACUGGAAAAGCCCCAUACGGCGGAGACCCUCCCAGGCCCGCGCCCUGGCUCCUCCUGGGUCUCCGGGGGGAUCCUGAGGGUGCAGGGGCCACCCCAGAACACAUACUCCGUCUCUGUCCUCAUGGCUCCCAU